CAACAGCAACAGCAACAGCAACAGCAGCAACAGCAGCACUUUCUUCCUUCUACAUCUUCCAUCGCUUCCUCAUCUUUCUUGUCUUCCACCCCACUUUCUCUCACAGGACCAGCUUCACCAAUGGGUAUCCUGGCCAUGCCUCCUCUUCCUCUGCACCCUCACCACCCAUUCUCAUCCUCCUCAAACCCCCUCCAUCAACAGCAACAGCAGUUUCAUUCACAGCCCGUUCGACACAAUUCUUUACCCAACCCAGAUCAAAUCCCAGAUCGCUUUCAGCUCUUUCAGCAACAGCAACAACCGCAAUUGAAUGGAUUGAGUGAUUCGCCUUCUUCUUCUUCUUCCCUCUUCUCACAACCACCGCAACAAACCCCAGUAGCACAGGUGCAUGCACAGCAACAAACACAAACGUCCUUCUCUCCAUCUAUUCGAUCAGAUACAGCACAGUCACAACCAUCGCCACCAACCCAAGGUUCCGCUGCAGUGCAAUCCUCCCCAUUCGUGCUCGACAGCAACGACCCCCACAGUAAUAUGGCCGAUAUGUCGUCUUAUCCCAGCAGCAGCAGCGCCGCUGACAAUGUGGCGGACGGCAGCAUGGGUGAUGGCGAUCCCGGCUAUAUCUCGUGGACAAAGGCAGAUGAUCUUCUCAGCCAUCGCACUCUGGCAGUUCCAGGCGCAGGUACGAGUCCGUCAGAAACAGCCGAUGAAGUGAUUCGUCGGCUUUCCUAUUCGAGUGUAGGGAGUGAUAUGCAUACCAGGAUUCCCAGCACCGUAGACGAGACCGAUUCGAUGUCAUCUUACUCCCUCGAAGCAAGAAUCAUCCAGAAGAAGGAUCAGCUCGAAGAAAUUUCGUCCACCGGCGUGGCCAUCCCGACACCGAUUGUUGACGAGGUCCGAACUGGCCAGCAGUUCCUGAUCAAGCUGCAUCUCUCCAGAAACAGACUCGAGCACACUUCCACCCGAUUCCCGUCCUUGAGAGUUGGUCGCCGUGAGGCGAUCAACACGGCAGGUGAGCCCAAGGCCGAGGCCGAGCCAUUGACACUCGAGAUUGCUGUGCAUCUGGCCAAGAGUGGGCAGAUCCGUAAGGGCGCCUGUGCCAAGUGCUGCCACAAGUAUGGACCCUCAUCGCCUAUUCUCGUCCUGCUCGAUCAGCUGUCACCCUCGGUAACCGAUCCAGCAACUUAUGCGCACAUUGACACCACCACCGGCUCAAUCACCAUGCUGGCCAAAGUCCUCUGCUCCUCCACCGACCACGGCGAGCGAGGCAACAAGGACCGGUACAUCUUUGAGUUCAGACUAAAGCGCACCAACAGCAUACCAGCAUCUGCCCCGGCUCCAGAGGCUGUUGCUCCCGAAGAUGAUGGCGAAACUAUCUCGACCUGCUAUACCCACCCAAUCAUGUGCUCGGGCCACCACAAGGCUAAGCGUGUCUACCCACAUCUGCGACCAACCAAAGUCACUAAAGCAGGACCUACACCAAAGACGAAAACCGUCAAACGACAGAACAGUGCACCCAACAUCACCUUACCUCUCCCGGGCGGCAAUAGAGAUCAACCGAGGGAAUUCAUGAGCGCAGGACCACUGGCCGCCAAUAAUGGAGAUUUCCCGUCUGCAAUGGCCUUCUUGCCAAACGACUUAUCCCAAGCGCCCUUGAUGGGAUCAUAUGGUGAUCGGUCCAACAGCGGAGAUUCCAGUGUAGGCGGUAACAAUAGUGCUCAACCCUUCAUGGCGAUCGGGCAGGCAUCUUCCGAGAUGAUGCACCAGCAACAAUCUCAGUAUCCCAGAGUCACAGAAGUUCGACCUAACCACGGACCGAUCAGAAAGAAGACGGAUGUGAUUCUUAGGGGAACGUUCUUUCGCGAGGGAAUGGUGCCUUAUUUCGGGUGCUUUCCUGCACAUGACAUUAUCGUCGAGACGGCCAACAUGAUCGUCUGCAAGACACCGGAGAGCCCCUUGCCAGGGACCGUGCCGAUUUCCAUCUACGACAAUGUAGGAAACACGUUCGCAGAUCUGGGCCAGUUUACGUAUACGGAUGACAAUGAGACGGAAGUGCUGAUUCUUCAGCUUCAGCUUCGUCUCGCUCAUCGGGCACUGGAAUACAUGCACGCUCAGGCGACAGGCCAAAGAGGAAACGCUACGGACAUCCUGAGGAACAUCCCCGGCCUCGCCACGUCACCACGGUCAGGAAGCGUCUUGAUGAUGGACAACAUGGAGGGGGGACCCACGUUGGAUACAGACACGCCCAUGCUGUCAUUGAACCAAGUGGAAGAGGGAAUCCUGGAGACACUGGAUCACGUACCGCGGAAGAUGGAUAUCUCGUUGCAGCUGGAAGACGGAAGCAAUAUGCUGCACCUCAGCAUCCUCUUGGGAUUCGACCGUCUGACCACUAGGCUUAUCGAAGAGGGCUGCGACAUCGAGACACAGGACAUGUAUGCGAUGACACCACUGAUGUAUGCAGUCCUCAAACGCAAUGAGACCAUGGCCAGGCUUCUUAUCAUUGCUGGAGCAUCGUCAUCAGGCGCAAGCAGCCCUCAGGAGUUUUAUGCACAUCUGCCACGUAGAGUGGAGCCGACCCUGGCCAUGUGUCGCUUUCUGUCUGUCAGCUGCGCUCGUUUCUCCAAUGCCGCUCCUGCUCCAUCAGGGGUUGCUCUGGAUACAGUCGACGAUGAGUCAGAGAUGGAUGGAGUGGAAAAAGAGGAGGGCGAGGGUUCGAGUAGCUCAUAUGACAGCGAUAGCAACCCCAGCUUAGGACUCGUUACAGCCACGUCUAUGUCUCCCACCAUGGGCGGCAUUCCAAGAAUUCGAGUCGAAUCCACAUCGGAACCAUUGACUUUGAAUGGAUACGAUAUGAUGGCGAAGUUAGCUGACAAUAUCCAGAGUAUCCGUGUUCAUCAUGAAAUGCCGCCGCUAGAUCAGCAGGAUUUGCCACCAUUGCAGAUUGUUGGAACGGACGGCUUGAUCACGGUCAAUACCGAGGUUGUCAAGGCAGACACAGCUGAGCACGGCGCAGAACUGUACACGAAUGUCAACCCCGAGUCUGGUUAUCAUAGCGGCAUUUACUCUGAAGUCCAAGAGCGGUUGAAUCGGCUGCAUCUAACAACGUUGCCGUCGGAAGGUGUACAGAUGGAGGCGGUUUUCAAGAAGCUGACCCCGACAACACCAGCACCAUCAUCCGCAAGACUGCCGUCAAAUUCAUCCACACCUCCAGAGUUGUUCAGGACAGGCGAUUCAUUUGCGAUUGAGGUCCGACUGUGGACGUCGUCCGGACCAGGGUAUCUGGCCAUGCCAAUAGACUACCUUGGUAUCCGAUUCCCUCAUGAGAUGGUCAAACGUACGAGUGGAAAACCGGCUUCGAUACUGACAGAGAUGACCUAUGUCCUGAAAACGACCAUCGAGCUCGGCCAGUUGAGCGUGAGCGUUCCUACGGAAAAUAUCGACAAUGUUUCAUCAUCUUCAGAAGCACAACACAGCCAUGGCGACGGUGUUCCAUUGGUGGGCUCGUGUCAGCCAUGUUCUAGGUUCUUGCAUGAGCAAAAGAAGUUAUCCCCAUCGAGGCGGUCGACUGUCGAUCCUUCAGUCUAUCCGAUCUUGCAGUUCUAUAUCCCUGGCGGUACAUCUUCAAUGACCUCCCGACCUUCAAUGCCAGUGGCUGCACAAGGAGCUGCUGCGUCUCAAAUCAGCGAUACCAGCAGCGGCAGCAGUAGCAACAGUAGUCCCAAUACGAACAACUCGGGAGUUGUUCAGCUGCGCGACGGGGUAUGCGAGGUUAAGGCGAAGGUCAACUGCUCAAGUCUGCAUCAUUUGCUCCAGCGAGAACGGGCCAAGCGAACCGGGGGUAUGAAACAUCGACAAGCGGAGGAGCAAGUUGCGGGAACAUCGACGUCGACAUCGACUUCUGCGUCGUCCUCUAGCAAGGAGCGCAAGUCGCUUGCACUGACGAAUCUGCGUGAUCCAGGAUAUGUAUUCAAGUUUGAGUUGAUCCAUCCGACGGAGCAGAGGGUCGUGGCCCGGUACGAGACCAAGCCGAUCUUGUUCCAGAGUUACUCGAGAGGAAGGAGCUGAAGACGACUACCAAGACGCACUGUACGAAAUACCCUGCCUACAAAACGACAAACAAAAAUAUAGAAACGCGGACACGAUCCAGUACUUUUGGUACUCUUACAUACCCCAUCCAUGAUGAACCCGUAUAGGUGCAUUUUUACAUGACCUUUGUACCAACACUUUUUAUUUACUUGUAUCCCUCCCCUCUUCGCAGUAAUAUCGACACCAAAAAAUAAGAAUAAAAACCAAACGCCUGC